AUGUCGAAGUGAAAGAGAAGAAACUAGGAAUCGGCACUGGGAACUGAAUUCUACACAUAAAUGCCAAUCGAAAUGUCUGCAGAUUCAUCUAGCCCUGCUAGCCAUAGAUUGAAGGCUUACAAAAACAAGGCAUUGGAUUCACAAGAGUUACGUAGAAGGCGGGAAGAGGAAGGCAUUCAGAUCAGGAAACAAAAGAGAGAUCAACAAUUAUUCAAGCGUCGCAAUGUUGCUAUGCCUACUGGAUCACCUGAUGAAGUGGCAGGAGACUUUCAGGACAACUUUGUAUCGUCUACCCCAUACACGGGUGGAAUAACCCAAGAAAUGGUACAGGUUUUAUACAGUGACAAUUUACAAGAACAAGAAGUUGCAACUCAAAAAUUCAGAAAACUCCUUUCAAGAGAACCAAAUCCCCCAAUAGAUGAAGUUAUACAGACAGGGAUUGUACCAAAGUUUGUAGAAUUCUUACAGAAAGAUGGAAAUUGCACUCUGCAAUUUGAGGCUGCAUGGGCUUUAACAAAUAUUGCCUCUGGUACAUCCAUACAGACCCGAAUUGUUAUUGAAGCUGGUGCUGUUCCUAUAUUUAUCAGACUUCUAGCCUCAGAAAUAGAGGAUGUGCAAGAACAGGCUGUGUGGGCUCUUGGAAAUAUUGCUGGUGACAGUCCAGAGUGUCGAGAUUAUGUUUUGGGUGAAGGAAUACUCGUCCCACUUUUACAGUUACUAAGCAAGAAAACAAGUUUAUCGAUGACAAGAAAUGCAGUUUGGUGUUUGUCCAAUUUAUGUAGAGGGAAAAAUCCACCACCUGAUUUCAGCAAGGUGUUGCCAUCCCUGCCAGUAUUAGCAAAGCUCCUCUUCCACACAGACAAAGACGUCCUCUCAGAUGCCUGCUGGGCACUCUCCUACCUGUCCGAUGGUCCAAAUGAGAAAAUACAAGCUGUGAUAGAUUCUGGUGUAUGUCGGAGACUGGUAGAACUCCUCAUGCACAAUCAUCAGAGUGUGGUGUCUGCUGCCCUACGUGUGGUAGGAAACAUAGUGACGGGUGAUGACUAUCAAACACAGGUGAUUUUGAGCUGUUCAGCGCUGCCAUGUCUUUUACAUCUUCUCAGUAGUUCCAAAGAAUCAAUACGCAAAGAAGCCUGUUGGACAAUAUCAAAUAUUACAGCAGGAAACAGAGUACAAAUACAGUGUGUUAUAGAUUCAAAUAUAUUCCCAGUACUAAUAGAUAUAUUAGGAAAAGCAGAUUUUAAAACGAGGAAGGAAGCGGCUUGGGCCAUAACAAAUGCAACAUCUGGUGGUUCCCCUGAACAGAUCAGGUUUCUGGUGGAUCAAGGCUGCAUAAGCCCACUAUGUGAUCUUUUGACUGUGAUGGAUGCAAAGAUUGUACAAGUGGCCUUAAAUGGCCUGGAAAAUAUCCUGAAGCUGGGAGAACAGGACGCAAAACUACACAAUGGCACAAACCCAUACGCUGUUAUGAUCGAGGAAUGCUAUGGUUUAGACAAAAUAGAGUUUCUACAAAGUCAUCAAAACAGAGAAAUAUAUCAAAAAGCAUUUGACAUGAUAGAAAGAUAUUUUGGGACUGAAGAGGAAGACAAAACAGUAGCACCCCAAAUUGAUGAGAAUUCUCAGCAAUUUCAAUUCAACCCUUCAGAAAAUGUUGCCGUGGAUGGAUUUCAGUUCUAAAUUGGCUUUAGAAUGUUAUUCCUUGGACAUCAGAAGGAGAAAAUCUGUGCAAUUGCAGUUCAGUUCUGCUAUGGAGUUAAAAUCAUGUGUUUUUCACUUGAAAACUACAGAAGCUGAAGACACAUACAAAGGUUUUGAUUAAAGUUUGCUACAGAUUUAAUGUCAGUUUUACUGAGGACAAAGUGAUGAACAAGGAUACAUCUAUCUUUGUAUCAACAUACUGUUUAUCUGUUUAUACGACACAGAUGUUACAAUAUUGGUUGGAAAGGUUCUCGUGGCAGUAUCUUUUCAACAGGUAGGCUAAUAAGAGGAGAUAAACAGUAUAUCAACCGUUAAAAUGCAAUUCAAAUUCAUUCAGUCUGUUCAGUUAUUAUUAUGAGUGGAUGUUGAAUACUGAACACUCUUGAACGCUGGAUGGUUUAGAAGUGUAACCUGAUCUUAUGUUCAUAGUUAUAAGUAGUUAGCAUUCCCUAAUACUAACCUGUUUCCCUCACUUUCAUUCAUUUCAGUUCUUAUUGUCAAAUAUAAUUUGUCUCUGUAAGUGCUGUAGUGUUAUAGGUAAAAACAAAUCAGCAGAUAUCUUAAAGAUGUUGAGCUUUGUUCUGUUGAAAAGAGUUUUUAGUAAUGUUGACAGUUACCCAUUUAUAAAUGUUAAUGUUCAGUGCUUGGUUUGGGAAAGGGGCACUGUCAUUAACAAAUGCUGAUGAUAGAAUUGAUUAGUAAAUAUAAAUGGACAGGUACUUGAUACUUCAUACUCUACUAUCAAUCAAUUCUGAUAAAAGUCUUUGUCCACCAUUAACGAUGUGAUGUAGGAAGGACUUUUAAAUAGGGCGAAUACUAUUAAAUGAAGAACUAGUUUUGUAAUUAAAAUACCAGAAUAUUUCAUAUAAAAUCUAUGAGUUUCCAUUGUAUAAUAAUCUUAGAAUGAAUUAUUUCUGGCAUUAGUGUUUUCACUAUUAAUAUCAGUUUGGAAAUAAUGUGAGUUUUAUGUAAAUAUUAACUGCUCAU